GCGCCAAAACUCUUCUGUGGGGGCCUCGCGCGCUCUGGAGCCUUGCCUGAGAUGACAGGCUGCGCGCGAUCUUAUCUCAGGUGCAACCGAUUCGUAGUCCGUCUUCGCUGUCUCUUCAGCCUCUUCAACUCCAAAUAUUUCGACGGGGUUGCGUUACUGCCAUGUAAUCAACUGUAAAUGAAUUGUGUUAAAAAUGUUCGUGGGCAUCAAUGAUUGAUAGUCCGCGGUUAUUUCCAGGCUAGUGCUUUUGCUAUGUGGAAGUUCUGAAAGCUCAAUGAUCAGGAACUUUGGCAGCAGACUUCUCUAUUGCUACACAAUCAACCAACUCCAAAUUGUGAGGCUGGUAGAGGCUGGAAGUCUUGGCAAUACAUUCGAGACUUCUUGACUCCGGAAUUGCGCUUUUGGAACGCUCGCGUGGCCAAUUUCCUUAGGUUAUGUUUGGUCGUGGGCACCUUGAUGCACCAAGGAAAUGGUAUUUCUUUAGAAUUACGGUUUUUCUCGUUGAACAUGGAGACCAUAUGAGAGGGGCAUUUUCCAGGAUUAAUUGACAGCAGAAAGACAGAAUGCGGGGCAGAGAGCUACGGAGCGCGUGCAGAAGACUGCUCCUGCUGUCCCUGUGCAUGCUGUCGCUCUGGGGAGAACUCACCCUCGCCUCCUCACACAGGAGUCACAUAGUGCACGUGAAGGCAGGGACCUGUGAGGUGAUCGCUGCUCAUCGAUGCUGUAACAAGAACAAGAUCGAGGAACGAUCUCAGACCGUCAAGUGCUCCUGUUUUCCCGGACAGGUUGCCGGGACAACAAGGGCGGCGCCAUCUUGUGUGGACGCCUCCAUCGUGGCCCAGCGCUGGUGGUGCCAGAUGCAGCCCUGCAUGCAGGGGGAGGAGUGCAAGGUCCUGCCAGACCAGAAGGGGUGGAGCUGCAGCACCGGCAGCAAGGUCAAGACCACCAAGGUCACGCGAUAGUCCUCUACUCCUCUGUGGAUCCUUGGUACCGGACGUCACGCUUCCUGUUCCUGCACAGAAACCUUGGGACUGCUGCAUGUGAUUGGUUGAGUGUUGAUGACUGGUAGAAACCAGGGACCAAUAAGGACAAACAAGAAUAACAGAGACAUUCCAUUGAUUGGAUGCAAGGAGGAAAUGGGCGGGCCUGGCAACACAAGCGAGCGCCUAUCUUGAAGGAUAACUGUUUAGAAUCCAUCCAACCUCGUGAGACAUUCUCCUUCCAGAACGCUGUGUUUGUUUUCCCGCCUGGGCUGUUGAACCCGGACUUCAAGGUGUUGAAUGAGAAAGGACAUACUUUGGAAUUACGCAAGAUACACCCUUAAACGGAAUCAAGUGAAAAUCAUUAUGUGAAAAUAUUCCAGUAUUAAUUUUUCGUCCAUUUGUUUGUCUGCCGAUAGCCCAGUGACUGAACAUCCCUGAUAUAUCUGUGUUAUUAAAGAUCUGUUUAUAUCGUUUAUAAGUUUUAAUUCCUUUCGGCCUCAAGAAACUAAUAUCCCUUAGUUUAAUUUUUCAAAUGAGAAAACAAUGAUGUGUUUGGUUUUCGUGACCUCAGUUGGACCGCUGCUUUUUUAAAGGUUUGAUACAUUGAAAGAAGAUUCGACAAGUGAAUAUAGAACAGCAAAAAGCAAUGUGUAAAGAUGUUUUGAGUGUUCGGAGUCUCACGGUCCAGUUAAAAUGACAUUACAUUGGUCUCUAACUGUUAUUGAUAUCUGUUUCUAAACCUGGUAACCACCCUUAAUUACAAAUGUCAGUAUUAUGUCAAUAAACCUAUCUCGA